AAUGUCAAUUGUAUUUGCAUAAUUAAGAUAAUUGCGUUAUGGUUAUUCCCUAUAUGUGACUGGAAAUUGCAAUGAAUUAGGAUGCUGGAAUCCUGAAAAAGCAAUUUAAUUGAAUUAUAAUGAGAUUGAUCUGUGGAAAUGUGAAGUUGAAAUUAAAAGUGAGAAUGCAGUUGAAUAUAAGUACUUUGUUGCAAAAACAAAUAAUCCAUAAUGGGAUAUUAGAUGGGAUGAAGGGUAGAACAAAGUUCUAGAUAGAACUAAGAGUACUGAUUAGUCGAAAAUAAUGACAUUUAAUAUUAGGUAUGAUUGUCAAGAAGAUGCCAAUUAAAAGAGGGAUUGGAGUCAUAGAAAAAACCUUGUUUAAAAAUUAAUAAAAUAGAUUAACCCUGAAAUAUUUGGAUUGCAAGAAGUACUUGCUCAUUAACAAGCAGAUUUACUAUAAAGUUUUUCAACAAAUUAUAAUUCUAUAGGAAGAGGAAGGUAAUAUAACUUUUGGGAUGAUGAAGCAUGCCCAAUUUUUUAUGAUAUGAUUAAAUAUAAUUUGAUAAAGGCUGAAAUAUUUUGGUUGUCUGAUACUCCAAAGAAUGCUGGAUCUAAGACUUACGGUAAUGGAUUUCCUCGUAUAUGUACAUACGUUAGUUUAUUAAAUAAGAUGAGCUAAGACAUAUAUCAUGUUUACAAUGCUCAUUUUGAUCAUGAACAUAAGCAAUCACAGGUAAAGUCAGCAGAAUAAAUAAUAAAGCACAUUUAAUAGUAUUGUUCUGCUUAAGAUAAAAUUAUUGUUAUGGGUGACUUGAAUAGUUUACCAUUAAGCGAUUCAGUGAAGAUCUUACAAUCACCCAUAGGAUAAAAUUUAAAGUUAGAGAAUACAAUAGGUGCUUUAGAAAUAGUAUUGGCAACAUAUCACGCAUGGUAUGGAAUGAAAUUAGGUAUGCAUAUAGAUUAUAUAUUCUUGGGCAAUCUUAAGAAAAAGAGUAUAAUGAUCAUAAAUGAUUAAAUUGAAAAAUAAUAUGCAUCAGAUCAUUUCCCAAAGGUUGUAGUUUUUGAAUGAG